GAAAAUUUUUUUUUUUUUGAUAAUGACUUCAAUUGAUUUACUUGUUCAAGAAUGGCUUCGUUUGGAUAAGAAUCCAACAACCAGGUCAGAAAUUGAAAAACUUUAUGCAGAUCAGAAUAUAGAUGAAUUAGAAAAACGACUUCGUAAUAGAAUAUCAUUUGGAACUGCGGGUUUAAGAUCAAAUAUGGAAGCCGGAUUUUCUAGAAUGAAUGAUCUUACAGUAAUUCAAGCUUCCCAGGGAUUAUGCAUGUAUCUUCUUGAUACAUUACCAGCAUCAGUCUCUAAAGGGGUUGUUAUUGGACAUGAUCAUAGACAUAAUUCUGAAAGAUUUGCAAGGUUGACGGCAGCAAUAUUCAUAACUAAAGGAUUCACAGUUUAUUUCUAUCGUGGAUUAGUUCAUACUCCAUUAGUGCCAUUUGGUGUCAAGAGACUUGGAGCAUCAUGUGGCAUCAUGAUAACAGCUUCUCAUAAUCCUAAACAAGAUAAUGGAUAUAAAGUAUAUUUGGAAAAUGGUUGUCAGAUUAUCUCACCACAUGACAAAGGAAUCGCUAAAUCGAUUUUAAAGUAUCUUGAGCCAUGGACAUGGGAUGCAGAUCUUGUUGACAAUAACUCGUUAUGUGUUGAUAAUGUAAAAGAAAUUUCAGAUUUUUAUUUUGAAGAAUUGAAAGAAUUAUCACAUCAUAGGGAAGAUAAUGCUUCAUCUAAGAUUAAAUUUGUAUAUACAGCGAUGCAUGGAGUAGGAACACAAGUGGCUAAACGAGCAUUUGAAGUAUUUUCAUUUAAUCCAUUCCUUUCAACAAAGGAACAGGAGGAACCUGAUCCCGAUUUCCCUACCGUUGCAUUUCCAAAUCCAGAGGAAGGAAAAGGUGCAUUGGCAUUGGCUAUAAAAACAGCAGAUGAAAAUGGUGCUAGAAUUAUAUUUGCUAAUGAUCCUGACGCGGAUAGAUUUUCCGUAUCUGAAAAGCAAAAAAAUGGGGAAUGGAAUAUAUUUUCAGGAAAUCAAAUUGGAAUAAUUUUAGCAUCUGCAGUUUUAGAAAAUUAUAAUGCUCAAGGGAAACCUAUUAAUAAACUUGCUAUGUUGGCAAGUACAGUAUCGUCAAAGAUGUUGGAAAAAAUGGCCAAGGUUGAAGGAUUUUAUUUUGAAGAAACGUUAACAGGAUUUAAAUGGUUAGGAAAUAAAGCAAUUGAUUUAAAUCAACAAGGUUAUGAAGUCUUGUUUGCAUAUGAAGAAGCUAUCGGAUUUAUGAUUGGAAAUAUUGUAAAAGACAAAGAUGGAGUUAGUGCACUAGUUACAUUUGCGGAAUUAACUGUACAAUUGGAUAAACGUGGAUUAACGGUUUCAGAAUAUUUGGAAGAAUUAUAUAAUAAGUAUGGAUAUUUUGUUAGCGACAAUUCUUAUUUUAUUUGUUAUUCACCGCAAACCAUUGACAAAAUUUUUAAUAAAAUUCGAUAUGGUGAAAAUCCGAUAAAAUCAUCGGAACUUAAUUAUCCAUAUACAUAUCAAUUAUCAUAUCCUUCAACAUUAGCAGGAUAUAAAAUUACAUAUAUUAGAGAUUUAACAAUUGGAUAUGAUACAAGUAAACCUGAUAGUAAGGCUAUUUUACCUAUAUCUAAAAGUUCUCAUAUGAUAACUUUUGGGCUUGAAAAUGGUUGUAUUUUAACAUUAAGAACAAGUGGGACUGAGCCGAAAAUAAAAUAUUAUUUAGAAUUAUCAGGUAAAGAUAAAGCGGAGGUAAAAAAUGAAUUACAUAAGGUCACUAAAGGCGUUGCAGAUGAAUUAUUGGAACCUGAAAAAUACGGAUUAGUUUACAGAACUGAAUAAUAUAAUUUAUUUAACAUUUGUACUCGUCUUGAUAAUCUAUUUAUGAUAAAGAUUAUCAAAUAUUAAAUAAGCACAUGCAGUAAACAAAAAGCGGAUUACACAAUUUCAACUUAUUAAGUAUUUGGCGAGAAUA